UAAUAUGAUAUAAUGGCUGUAUUCGGACACCCUUCAAACAAACCAUUAAAACAUUAAGUAGGGAAAUUAUUUUGAUCAAUAUUUUCUGUGGCAGACCUAUAAUAACCUUGCGCAAAAACAAAAUAUUUCUAUCAUGUUCAUUCACAUCAGGAAAAAGAGAAGAUUUUUAGCAAAAAAAAAAAAAAUAAAUAAAUAUUUUACACUUUUAAUCACAGUUGCUUAUAUUUUUAAUCAUAAAUAAUUUCAAUGGAAAGCAGGACAUAUACUUACAUUCAAGGAUUUAUAGCGUUUUGCUUUGUUUUCAAAAGUAGCUGCGGAGAUCCUUUUGGUUUAGGUCCUCCAACAUUUCUACCUGGUUCUUCAUUAAACUCGGACAUUCCUCCUUCGGCAGCAACAACUCCGUCGCUGAAUACGACAGGUUCCUCACCAGAUUCGAAUUCCACCGGACGUUCGUUGAAUGAAACAAGCUCUUCUAACGGAAUACUGGGUUCUGGAUUUGUUUUAGGAGAAACAAAUGGCUCGCAUUUAUCGUUAGAUCGUCUGAAAGAGUUGCAAAAGAAACUUUUUGACGGAUAUGAUACAACAAUCAGGCCACGACUUAAACAGUCUGAGACUGUUGAGGUAAAUACUGCUUUUACAUUGACCUCUAUCGUCGAUUUUGAUACUACUGGUCAACGUGUUGAUAUCAUGGGAUAUUUCAUUGUCACGUGGACAGAUGACGUAAUUCAAUGGAAUCAAGAAGGGUAUAAAGGAACCAGUAGUAUGAAACUGCCAUUGAGUAGUAUCUGGUAUCCACCUUUGGUUAUUGGUAAGACAUAUGAUGGAAGCAAAACCAUUGGUAAUGUCAAUAUAGACCGUGUGGUAGUCUCUUCGGCUGGUGUUGUUCAGUGGGUCCCUGAUGGAAUAUUCAGUAUCAUGUGUGUAGUGACAGUAAAGUACUACCCUUUUGACACACAGUCAUGUGACCUUAUAUAUUAUGUAUCAGAUGAGACGAUAUCGUCGGUAAACCUCACUGGACAACAUACUGUACAACUGGACGAUUACAUUGAGAACUCAGAGUGGCGUCUUGUUGAAGCAUCUUCAAGGACCAAAGAGAUUUAUAGCACAAACUUUGUCUAUCUUACAUUUAAAGUUGAAAGAAGGGCUGACUUUACUGUCUACACUAUGGUUAUCCCCCUUGUCACUUUGGCCCUUUUGAACAUCUUUACUUUCCUGGUACCUAUAGAGUCCGGAGAAAAGGGUGGCCUCGCAAUCACCUUAUUUUUAGCUUAUGGUUUCUUCAUCACAAUAACAAGAGAUAGUUUACCCCACAAUUCAGUCCAGGUUUCCUAUUACGUAGUGUAUAUAACAGCCCUUUUGGUACUAAGCGUUUUCACAGUGAUCUAUGUCAUUAUUGAGUCCAAAGUCUACUCAUCUUUUGGGACUAGUCCAUUUCAUCUGUGUAGGUGGUUGCGGACAGAUAAUGCAAACAAAAAGAAAGUUACGCCUGAAGAAGAAAAUGGUUCACUUCCAGAGAAAGAGUGUUUGGAUGAUACUAUAACAUGGGCAGACAUUUUAGGUCGGGUUGAUAUCAUUGCGUUCGCUUCCUGUGCAAUCUUUGUAGUCUUUUUGAGUAUUAUAUUAUGGACACUGGUUAUAGCAAGAAAUUGAUAAAAAAGCAACCAAGCUAGAAAUAAUUCAGUGUGCCAAUGUAAUUAAGAAUUAAAUAAUCUAACAAUUAUUGAAAAAAAACUUUUAAUAAAGAACAUAAUGUAAUUGUUAUGUUAUAUAUUGGCAUGGUUCGAACUGAUGCUUUUUCAACUUAACAAAGUACUUUCGUAUGUAUAAACUGUGUAUGGAAAGAGAAACAAUACAGAUGAAAACAUUUCUAGGUGGCAAGUGUUUGUAUACCUGUUUUAUUUUGUAAAAUAUGUAACAUAUGUCUCUGUUGUCGAGUUACACAAUAAAAUUGAGA